AGCCCUCACCAUCUUAAGAACGCCAGAGAAGAGCCCCACCGCGCUAGCUGCUGCAGGAGUUUUCUUCCUCUUCAGAAGACCACCUUCUGCGGCAGCUCCCUGGCCACUCCCAUAUUCAAAAAUUACUGUAAUAUAUAUAUAUAUAUCGUUAAAUUAAGAGAUGGCUCGCUCUUUCUCUGCCGCUAGGCUGAUCUCUGCUGCUGCUGCUGACGGCCUUUCUCUCUCUAUCUUCCGGAGAGGAUUUGCCGCUGCGCCGCAGGCGUUACUGUAUGCCAGGGAAGGGUCCAGAAUUGGUGUGAAUGUGAUGGGGAAAAAGGAUCAGAGGGCUGCAAUCAAACCAGAAUCUGGGGACUCAUCUGCAUGGGCCCCAGAUCCCGUUACUGGGUAUUACAGGCCGGGAAAUCAUACGGCUGAGAUUGAUCCAGUGGAACUUCGGGAGAUGCUCUUGAAUCAGAAAGGAAGAUCUCACUAGGAUGACCUACACUUGGAGCACCAAAUCACUUUCCCCAUCCUUUGUAUUCUCUUGUACUGCUUUGCCUUUUUCUACAUAUCAAUUAUGGACUUAUACUUCACUUUAAUCCAAUAAGUAAUUUUGAAAGUC